AGCGAGGUGAAGGUCGUAUACACCGUUGUGUAUCAAAUAAGAACAUGGCGUCGAGUGGAAGAAUUUUAGUAAAAUCCCUCAAUUUAGGCGAUUUAAUGAGUGGAAAAGUUUCAACUAAUAUAUGUAAGCGAAUGAUUAGAAGACAUUUUAGUCAUAAGUCAAACAGAGGACCUGAAUUUGGAUUUUUAUUUGACAUUGAUGGCGUGAUCAAACGAGGAAAGCGCAUCCUUCCAUCAGCUCGUGAUGCAUUUCGAUGUCUGACCGACGACACUGGGAAGUUUCGUCUGCCGGUGGUAUUCGUUACAAACGCCGGGAACACCUUCAGGCAAACGAAAGCUGAUGAGCUCUCGGAGCUGUUAGGGAUAAAGAUUAGCACUGAACAAGUGGUGAUGUCCCACAGUCCCCUCAAAAUGUUUACUCGCUUUCACGACAUGCACACCCUGAUCUGUGGCCAGGGGCCCAUCGAGGGGAUCGCCCGAGACCUUGGCUUCACCAAUAUCACAACUGUCGACCAACUCAGGGAUUUAUUUCCAAAUUUAGACAUGGUGGACCACUCUCAUCGGAAAGUUGAGCCCUGUCCUAUAAAAUUUGCCAACUUUAAACCGAUAGAAGCUGUGAUUUUAUUUGGGGAACCAAAUCAAUGGGACUCGAAGCUUCAGCUACUUGUGGAUGUCCUGGUCAGCAAUGGAAUGCCCUCCCAAGCCCCCAAGGAGUUCCCCUCCACCCAUCUACCCAUUCUGGCCUGUAACAUGGACCUGUUUUGGAUGGCGGAGGCAUCUAUGCCAAGAUUUGGACAUGGAAUGUUUUUGACGUUUCUGGAAACUGCUUAUCAACAAUACACAGGGAGGGAGCUAAAAUACUCUGCAUUACUAGGAAAGCCCAGCAUGUUUACAUACCACCAUGCUGACAAUAUUUUAUGGCAACAUGCACAACGACUCGGAUUCAAAAGACUAAAAUCUCUGUACUGUGUUGGAGACAAUCCAAACACCGACAUCUCCGGAGCUAAUGUAUACGACCGUUACCUGAAAAAACGACAUUCACACAAAGUUCAGAAGAGAAUGAAGCGUAAAAUGGCCGCAACGGGAAGUGGGAGUGUGGCAGAUUUUGAAUUUGAGGAGGAGGAGGAGGAGGACCUGAUAUCUGAGGGAGCUGGAGAGGCGAAUUAUUCCACGAGUUGUACCUCCAUUCUGGUGUGUACGGGGAUCUACACCAAUAGUCACAGUGCAUCUCAGCGUAACCAUAGAGAUUUUGUUCUUGAUCCCGAACUUGUGAAACCAAAAUACACAACCGCAAAUGUCCUGGAAUCCGUGCAGCUUGUGUUAGAAAAGGAGAAGUUUUUAUGAUGAUUAUGUGUAUUUAAAUGUCAAGAAUUUUUUUGUUUUAUUGUUUUAGAUAUCUCCAGGACUUUGUUUAUUUUACACAUUUACUCUACAUUUUUGUUACUUUUUUUAUAUCAUUGUCAUUUCUGUGUUGUUAAUCUAUUAACUACAUGUGUGACUUUAUGUCAUAAAUGAAAUUCUGAAUGAUAUUAUGACCCAUUAAUGGGUGUUUUAUGUUGUGUUGAUAGAUACCAAGGUCUUUUUUUGUUUAACUUUACAGAUAAUGUUAUUUAUUAAUGAAGGCGACUAGUAUUGUAUGUUUAUAAAUUGUAACACAGAUUUCUGAUGUCAGAUUUCCGUGGAAACUCACAGAUCUGGAAAUCAGUGUGAUAUUGUGCUUGAAAACUUGAUGAUAGAAAAAAAGCCUGUUGACAAGAUCAAGCUGCUGAAGAAAAUAAUGUUCAAAUAGAACAGAAAUAUGCUGUAAAUGUGAAAAUUUACGCGUAGGAGUUAUUUACACAAAAUACGUGAAUACAAGAUUUUUGUGUAAAUUGCACACUUGCAUGAUAUUCCCAUAGUUGAGUAAUUUAUAUUAAAGAUACUGACGUUGCGUAAUUAGGUAAUGCAUGUAUUGUUUACAAAGGAACUCUACGUAAUUAACUUCACCCGGAAUACGUCUACAGUAUUGAAGUUUCAGUAUGAAGUAUGUAUCAGAUGAACAUACCCUGUCAUCUAUCCCAGAAUGCCAUGGAAAUAGGACUGUUUUCAAAGUGGUAUUUCUCAAAACUUUUUAAAAUAUUUCCGCAAUGGAAUAGAUAUACUUCUAGACUGAACUCGGGAGCAUUCAUGCUUAGAGUAUUAGACGUAGUGCAAGACUGUAGAAGAAAAUCAUCCGGAGGAAGCAGACUCCAUACUUUACUAUAAAUCCCAAAACUGGGUGAAAUCAAGACUUUAUUUUUUGUCAAGAGAUGUGCUGGUUAUUUUCAUGUGACAAAUUUUUAUGAGCAAUCGAUAUUGCAUGAUAAACAUUUAGUGAUGGCAAAUAUGCUAAGAACAAAAUUUUUGAAGAAUGUUUUCUUGCAAGAUUGCUCAUGAGUGAAAGCCUCGUGAAUAUAUCUGGAUCUAUGGUAUUGUGAAGACCGCAUUUGAGUAUACUGAUUUUCUAUUUGAGCCAAUUUGAACACAAUGUGUUUAUAUUUAUGAUGAAACUUUUCACUGCAUUUUCUGUCUGUAUAAGGUGUUAGUGCCUAUAUGAGUUGUGUUGUUUUUGUCUAUUUUACUCAAUCACCAUUGAGGAGCUUGAACAGAAUUUUCGGGAAGGGGAUGUAUCGAGCUAUUUUAAGGAUCUCGGAUGCAUUGGAGAGUCACAAGAGAGAUUUAACAUGACUCAGUAGUUUAGAUUAUAUUUAUUUAGUACAAUCUUAAGUAUUAUAUGACUGUGGUAUCCAUGGAAACAUUGCCUUGUAUACCCUUUGGUGACUCGGACAUGUGAAAGUCACUGAUGGGAAUUUUCUAGUUUAAUCCUUUUUUUUCAAUGUGUUCUAUCAGUGAUUAUGCUGUUAUAUUUUUAACUUGCCUCACAUAAUCAGUGAAAUUUGUUUUUCUUUCACCCAUUAUGUGGCAGUCGGUAUUGUUUGUAAUCCUAGUUUUCCCGUGAAUCGAUGAUUUGGUGUCAAGCUGUGUUAAAGCUGAAUUCUUUUCUGAAAGCCAGAAUGUUUCAAUUUUUUAAUUGGAUGAAGGGGACAUUUAAUUGCAAAAUAUCAAAGACAAUCUAUUAUGUUCCAUUUUAAGACCAAAUAUUUUAGCCAUCCAGUUUUGCACAUUCAUAUACACCCCACCCAUUCCCCAAAACAACUACAAAUUCACAGAUAUUUGCAUAUUACAUUAUUUCUUAGACAAAUUUUUGUGCAUUCAACCUUCAUAAGAAAGAAAAAAUGUCGGCCAUUUUGUAUUGAGUGAUGACGUACUUAUUUUACAUGCUGUACAUCUUUGUAUUGAGCGCACUUGGAUGUAUCAUGAAUACCCAUGUAUUACUCACAGAAGGCAUAGUAAUGGAACAAUCAAGGUUUUUGUUUUUUUAUUGUAGUACAAAUUGUUAUUUGUACGUAUACCUAUUAUUUGCACCUUAUUACGAAUCGCAGCAACUAAAGAACACAGAUGAGAAAGUCUACAUACUUUUUCUUAUGUAGAAUGAUUGAUGCAUAUAUUUAUCCAUUUCAUGAAAGUGCAUGGGAUGAAACUUUGAAUGUUUUUUAUACACAGUUAAAUGUGUAAGCCUGUAUUAUUACAGAAAAUGUUUUAUGUCAUGUCGGGGGUGUUGACGAUGCGGUACCAUCUUGUUUGAAUCACAUGUUUGACACUAUUGUUAUUGGUCAGUCAAUUUGAACAGGUCAUUGAAUCACGGUCAGCCCCGGAUUAUUUACUACUGUUGAACAUUAGACUUGCAUCAGGAUACGGCCUUGGUGUACAAUAAAAUGUUGAUUUACUAAU